GCGGGCUCGGGGCCGGGCCGGGCUCGGCGUCUCCCCGGCUCCGUGCCCCAAGAUGGCCGCCGAGGUGGGAGCCGGGUGCCGGGGCCGCUUCGCUGUCCGCCGGCUGCAGGUAUCAGGAAUUGAUCCCCCGCCGCCGCCGCCUCCUCCUCCUCCUCCUCCACCGGCUCCGGCUCCUUCUCCGCCGGCUCCUCCGCUUCUUUGUUUCGGUGCCGCCGGGAGCACGGAGGAGCAGCAGCAGCAGCAGCGGGGGGCAUGGAGCCACCCGGCCCCCGCCCCAAGGUCACGGUUGCUGCUAUCCAGCUGUAGGCUGCCAGAGGGGCCGGGAAAUUGACGAAGGAGCUUAAUUCUGUUGCUUCCGAGCUGGCAGCGCAGCGGGAGGAAAGCGAGCAGUCUCAUAAACAUUUAAUUGAACUCAGCCGGGAAUUUAAGAAAAAUGUACCUGAGGUACAGUAUAUUUGCCGUUAUAGAAUUAACUCGGCAGGACGGCGUAUUUCCCUCGGUUGAAACCAGAUUUGGAAAAGCGUCGACGUGAUUGCACUUAGUAAGAGGAGCAAGGAGGCUGAGACGGCUUUCCUGAGUGUGUACAAGCAAUUAAUCGAAGCUCCAGGUAAGGAACGCGGCGGCGACCUGGCUGCGUAGCGAGUAGCGUGCGACCCGCCGGCAGCCUCGUGCCCGGAGAGGAGCCAGCACCAAGGACCGGGACACGGCACCCGUCCCCGUCCCCGUCCCCGUCCCCGUCCCCGGGGCGGCUGGCAGCGCAGACGUCCGCUUUUGCAUGUUGCUCUGGAAAUCCCAGCCGAAGAGACAAGUGGAAACAUCUUUUGCCAUCGCUGUGUUUCAGCCCCUGAGCCAAAUGCAUCUUGACAUUAGGAAAGGAAUACAUUUGCUCAGCCCUUGUAAUAACACUGCGGCUAUCCCCAGUUGUCUUUUCGACGACCCCGCUCCUGUGCUGGAGGCUGCGCGGAGCCUGGAGGACCGCCUGCAGCAGCUCCAGCGCCUCGAGCCCGAAAAUCCACCCCUGAAGGAGCUCGGCCGCCCCUGGAAGAAGCACCUGGAGCUCCUCGGCACCAAAGAGCAGAGAGAGGGGACGUCACCGGGGUCCGGGCUCGCGGCGGCCGAGACCACGCUCCCCGGUGUCGACAGCAAAGCCCUUUUGGCAGAAGCCUUGCUGCAGAGAAAUGAGGCAGAAAAACAAAAGGGGCUGCAGGAAGCCCAGCUCACCCUGGCUGCGCGCCUGGGGGAAGCAGAGGAGAAGAUCAAGGUGCUCCACUCAGCGCUGAAGGCGACGCAGACGGAGCUGCUGGAGCUGCGGUGUAAAUACGACGAGGAGGCUGCCUCCAAGGCAGACGAAGUAGCCAUGAUCAUGACGAACCUUGAAAAAGCCAACCAGCGUGCGGAGGCGGCGCAGCGGGAGGUGGAGAGCCUGAGGGAGCAGCUGGCGGCCGUCAACAGCUCCCUGCGCCUGGCCUGCUGCUCCCCGCAGGGUGCUGCCGGGGACAAAGUGAACUAUUCCAUGUGCUCAGGGUCGAGGCUGGAGGCAGCUCUGGCCGCCAAGGACCGGGAGAUCCUACGGCUCCUGAAGGACGUCCAACACCUCCAGAGCUCGCUGCAGGAGCUGGAGGAAUCCUCCGCCAACCAGAUCGCCGAGCUGGAGGGGCAGCUGGCCGCCAAGAACGAAGCCAUCGAGAAGCUGGAGGAGAAGCUGCAGGCGCAGGCGGACUAUGAGGAGAUCAAGACGGAGCUGAGCAUCCUGAAGGCCAUGAAGGUGGCGUCCGCCAGCUGCAGCCUUCCCCAGAGCAUGUCGAAGCCGGAGGAGGCCGCCCUGCUGCUGGGGAAGGAGGCUUUCUACCCGCCGCAGAAGUACCUGCUGGAGAAGCCCGGCCUGAUGGCCAGCGCUGAGGAGGAUCCCUCUGAAGACGAGUCGGGGAAGGACCCGCUGGGCAUGGAGCAGCCGUUCCCGUCCCCCCAGCAGCUCCCACAGGCCCCAGCAGACGAGCCAGCCUCCCCUGCUCCCCUCCCAUCCCUUCCCGGCCCCGGCCUGGCCCCCGAGGGCCCCCGGACGUUCCCGCUGUCCCCCUUCCCGGGGGGCGAGCGGCUCCCGGGGGACACACUGCUCCCCAAGCCCCCCCCGCUGCAGCCACCCCCCUACAAAAGCGAGGGUGCCGGCGGGGGGCUGCCCUUCCCCACUGCUUUCUUUGGGGCCAAAAGCAGCGCCGUGCCCCCCGUCCCCGUGCCGCCUGCCGCCAGCCCCCCCGUUGAGCCCGCCGAGGGCGGCGGGGGCAGCUCGGCCGACGAGGAGCAGCUGGAUACGGCCGACAUCGCCUUCCAGGUGAAGGAGCAGCUGCUGAAGCACAACAUCGGGCAGCGGGUCUUCGGGCACUACGUGCUGGGGCUGUCGCAGGGCUCCGUCAGCGAGAUCCUGGCCCGGCCCAAGCCCUGGCGCAAGCUGACGGUGAAGGGCAAGGAGCCGUUCAUCAAGAUGAAGCAGUUCCUCUCCGACGAGCAGAACGUGCUGGCCCUGAGGACUAUCCAGGUGCGCCAGAGAGGGAGCAUCACGCCGCGGAUCAGAACGCCAGAAACAGGCUCCGACGAUGCCAUCAAAAACAUCCUGGAGCAGGCGAAGAAGGAGAUAGAGUCGCAGAAGGGAGGUGAGCCCAAAAACCCUUCAGCAUCUCAAGCGGUGGCCAACGGGGCGGGUGGCAGCAGCUCGGAGGAUGCCAUCAAGAGCAUCCUGGAGCAAGCCCGGCGGGAGAUGCAGGCGCAGCAGCAGGCGCUGCUGGAGAUGGAGGCGGGGGGCAGCGGGCGCCCCGGGGGCACGCCACCCUCCGAGCGCUCCACGCUGGCGGCCGUCAGCCAGAACAUCGUCCCGGCGUACGUCAAGCAGGAGGAGGGGAGCGGGGCCAGUCCCGGCCCCCCGCAGACGCCCUUGGCCGUCCUCUCGCCCGCCGCCUUCGUGCAGAGCAUCAUCCGCAAGGUGAAGUCGGAGAUCGGCGACGCUGGCUCCUAUUUCGACCAGCACUGGGCGUCGGAGCGCAGCCUGCUCAGCCGGCCCUACACCUCCGUCUCGCCUUCGCUCUCCUCCUCUUCCUCGAGCUACUCCGGCAUGGCCAACGGCCGGGGUUGGCCGCGGGGAGAGCCUGGUGAGAGUGGAACCAACGAGGACGAGGUGCCACCGGCCGAGGAUGAGCCCCACCGGCUGGCGGAGAUGAAGACGGAGGGCGCGGGCACGGAGCCAGCGGCUGGUGGAAGGCUGUCCUACUACCCCGCCUACGUGCCACGCACCCUGAAGCCCACCGUGCCGCCGCUGACGCCGGAGCAGUACGAGAUGUACAUGUACAGGGAGGUGGACACGCUGGAGCUGACCCGGCAGGUCAAGGAGAAGUUGGCCAAGAACGGCAUCUGCCAGAGGAUCUUCGGAGAGAAGGUGCUGGGCCUGUCCCAGGGCAGCGUGAGCGACAUGCUGUCGCGGCCCAAACCGUGGAGCAAGCUGACGCAGAAGGGCCGGGAGCCUUUCAUCCGCAUGCAGCUCUGGCUGACGGACCAGCUGGGACAAGGCAUCAGCCAGCAGCCGACCCCCUCCCAGGCCAGCCCCGCCGAGCCCCAGCCGUCCCCCUCGCCGCCCCCCAGCCCCGCCGAGCACGAGAAGGGCUCUCAGGAGCCCCUCACCCUCGCCCUGGAGAGCAGCAAGGAGAACCAGCAGCCCGAGAGCAGGGCGGCACUGGGCAAGGCGCACCCCAACAGCCAGGGCCCCGUGGGCAUCCAGGAGAUCGUCGCCAUGUCCCCCGAGCUGGACACCUACUCCAUCACCAAGAAGGUCAAGGAGGUGCUGACGGACAACAAUUUAGGCCAGCGGCUGUUUGGGGAGAGCAUCCUGGGCCUGACGCAGGGCUCGGUGUCCGAUCUCCUCUCCAGGCCCAAGCCGUGGCACAAGCUGAGCCUGAAGGGGAGGGAGCCCUUCGUCCGCAUGCAGCUCUGGCUCAACGACCCCCACAACGUGGAAAAGCUGCGCGACAUGAAGAAGCUGGAGAAGAAAGCCUACCUGAAACGUCGCUACGGGUUGAUGAGCGCCGGCUCGGACAGCGAGUCCCCCAGCGCCCGCUCCGAGUGCGCCAGCCCCGGUCUGCAGCCCCAGGACCUCAGCCUCCUGCAGAUCAAGAAGCCGCGGGUGGUGCUGGCCCCCGAGGAGAAGGAAGCCUUGAAGAAAGCCUACCAGCUGGAGCCCUACCCGUCCCAGCAGACCAUCGAGCUGCUCUCCUUCCAGCUCAACCUCAAGACCAACACCGUCAUCAACUGGUUCCACAACUACAGGUCACGGAUGCGCCGGGAGAUGCUGGUGGAGGGCACGCAGGACAACGACACGGACCCGGAGCAGAGCAGUGGGGCAGCCAGCCUGGGGCGCAGGGCCCCGCACAGCCCCGACUCGGACACCGAGGACCGAAAACCCCUUUUCGAGGGGAGCGAGCACCCCUGCGCCGGCGAGGUGAAGGUGAAGGAGGAGCAAGGGGAGGCAGGCGGCUGGGGCCACCGACGGGACUCGCGCAGCCCGGCCAGGGCAGCAGAAGGGACUGGGCCCCCGCAGGAAGAGCGAGGAGGAGCCCCCCGCGCCGCCGCCCCCAGCGCCGGCAGCCUCCCGCGGCGGGGAGGCCGUGCCGGAGCCUCCGGGGGUCCCCCACCGCCACCACCGCACCCCGACCCCGGUGGCUCCCAGUCGUCCACCAGUUCAUCCCGCUGCAGCCUGGAGGUGUCCCCCAGCUCACCUUCGGCAGCUUCCUCGCCCGGCCUCGCCGGCUCGGCCUCACCAGGACCGUCCUCAGCCGGGCCGGUCUCACCGGCGUUGCCUCCGGCCCCCGGCCCCCGGCUCAGCACCAGCGUCCAGCGGCGCCACGAGAAGAUGGCCAACCUCAACAACAUCAUCCACCGCCUGGAGCGGGCUGCCAACCGUGAGGAGGCCCUGGAGUGGGAGUUCUGAGCCGCCCCGCUGCCUUGGAUAUAUGUAUAAAAACACACACACACAUAUAUAUAUUUUGGUAAAUUCAGCGCGCACCCAGAGGCGGACCCGGCGACGGAGGCGAGCGGCUGGUGGAAGGGGGACGCCCGCUACGAAGCUGCCCCCCGCUUUUGUUUUAAAUGUGAAAAACUGGGAACGAUUUUAGAAAAGAAAAAAAAAAAAUAUUUAUAGACCUCUUUUAGAUAUUUUAAUAAAAGGAUACUUUGGAAUUUAUUAACAGCUUAAGCUGCUUUGAUAUUAAAGAUAGCUAUAAAAUCAAGAUGAUGUAGCAGUCGUGUCAUUAAAUGUACACUGAAGUCUUGUAGUUUGCCACUGGAUGAGAUUAAAAAACAAACAAACAAAAAAAAAUAAAACACAGAAAAGACUUAUUGAGCAAAGCCAUCAAGAAGCACUAUGAGACUGACCAAAUUUAAUAAACUUUUGCAUAGCGGUUUUCCACAUCUGUCUGUAAGACACUGCAUCGCUUCGGCCCCAUCCAGAGACUGUGUUAUAGUCCAUGAAGACUCUAAAUUGAAAACCUUGACGCCAUCGAGUAUGUAUUUAGUUCUGGUGGUAUGUUUUUGCAACCUUUGUAACCCAGAAUGUCACGUGCAGUUGUAUAUGUUGUAGAAAUGUCUGCAAUAGCCUUCUUGAACAAGAUGUAGCAUGGUACGAACGCGGGCCCUCGCGCUUCCUCGAGUCGGCAGCCGGUGCCAGCCCCGAGCGAGGACAGCACCUGCCAGCCACUCCAAAAAAAAAAAAGGCAAAAAUGACCCAGACAAAGCAAGCUGUCUCUAAUUUUGGUGGAGAGAGAUGGGAAGAGGUACCCGGGGGUGAUGCCCAGGGCAGCUCUGGCUGGCUGGGACGGCGCCCGGGUGCCUGCGCUCUGCUGUCCUCCUUUUGGAAAAGGAAAUCAAAGAGGAGCCUCCGAGCCCUGCAGCUCCAGUGCUUGGGGACAAGCACUGAAAAAAGCCAGGACACCCCCUGCUCGGGGGCUGUCCCUGCACAACGUCCAGCGUUGGGGGCUGAAGCACUUUUUUGGUUCGGAGGCUCAGGGCUGCGGGCAGGAGGAGCGUCCCCUCGCUGUGGCCGUGUCCCCUCGCUGUGGCCGUGUCCCCAAGCGGUGGCUUUUACAGCAUGGCUGGGACGAGCCCUGGGGUUUCGAGCUGUGCUCCUGCCCUGCGCUUUGCUCGGGGCUGACCUGCUCAAAGCACGACGGUGCCUUGGCUUCCCAGCACUGACCCCGUGCAAAGCUGUAGGAGCGGCACGGUGGCACCCGCCAGCCACGCGCCACCAGAUCGCUUCCCAGGGGCACCCCAACCCCGCUGUCCCCGCUAACGAAAUGCCUUUCAGAGGGGAGGGUGGGUUGCGUUGGGUUGUUCUGUGCUGUUUCCUGUCUGUUCAGUCUCUCGAUGCAUUUUGCAAGCGCCAAAACCCCGGCGUGCCACGCUCCCACCCCUCAGCCGGCACCCGGCAGAGACACCGGCAAAGCCCCGCACGCCGUCGGCUGGGAGAGCUCGGUGCCAGGCCCCGAGGCUAUGCAUUGAAUAGUUUUCCACUGUAGACAUUUUUAUCAGAAUAGAAGGUAUUUUUAUACUCUGGUGGUCGUCAGGGAGCGAUUUGAAAAGCAGAACCCACUUGGCUCUCCAAAGGCAAGGCUCUGCAGGCACCGCAGCCCUGCCCGCACCGGCGCGAGCUUGCCCGAGGUGGCUCCUGCUGGUGCCACCGCGCUGCCGACGGUCGAGGCGUACCCAUGGCCCUACUGUUCCCCGUAGUGUGCUAGUGUUAGCUUUAGUGGAACGGGAUUUGAUGAAGCACUUAGGGAUAGCCUUUUCGAACACGGAAAUCCUGUUGUACUAAACGCUAGUGGGACAUACCGAUGACAUUUUGUUGGGCUCCUGUACUGUACUUCAAAAGUUUCUAUGAGAUCGACGAACUUUGUUAAAAAUUUUGGAAGGAACAAGUUCUGUAAAGAGCCACUAAAUACAGAAGUUGGAUAAGA